AUGGAGACUUUGACACUGCCCUCAUUUGAGGCUUCACCUGUCCAAGUUUGCCUCCUGACAUUGCUCAUUAUAUCCUGUUGGUACCUUACUACAUCUUUCUUUUCCUGGUACCGUCUUCGACACAUUCCUGGUCCCUUCGUUGGCUCCUUUUCAUACUUCUGGCUUCUGCGAAUCGCUGCCAGCGCACGCCAGGAAGAGCUGUACCGUAACAUCAACACUCAGUACAAGAGUCGUCUUGUCCGUGUUGGGCCAAAUGAGCUCCUCACAGACGACCCGGAUGUCCUUCGCCGCGUCAAUGCUGUGCGAGGCGACUAUGGCAAAGACGCCUGGUAUUUUUCUAGCCGCUUCAACCCAUACCAGGAGACAAUGUUCACGACGACGGAUAAGACCCUCCAUGACAAGAUGAAGACUCAGACAUCAGCCGGAUACGCAGGACGCGAGAUAGACCUGCUGGAGCCAAGCGUUGAUGAGCAAAUGAUGAAGGCGGUGAGACUUCUGAAAGAAAAGUACGCUGACACGGGUCGUCUCAUGGAUAUGGGUUUGCUACCCGCGUAUCUGACAAUGGAUGUCAUAACGAGUGCAACAUUUGGCAAGCCUUUUGGGCAUCUCGAUGCGGAUGCAGAUGUCUUCGGUUUCAUUGCACAAAUGAGAGACAACUGGCCGAUUUUGGCGGUCACUUUGGACACCCCAUGGAUACGAAGCGUGAGGUUCUCGAGCUGGUUCUUGAAGCUACUCGGUCCUCGACCCACGGAUACGCAUGGGAUGGGGCAGAUGAUGGGAGUUGCUGAAAAGUACGUCGGCGAAAGAUUUAAGCCAACCUCAAAACCGCAGAACGACAUGUUGGGCUCCUGGAUCAAGAAUGGGUUGACAAAGGCAGAGUGUGAAGCAGAGGGUCUUUUCGCGUUGGUCGCUGGCUCAGACACUACAGCAUCCGUCAUUCGCAUCACUAUGCUCUACUUGAUGACCAAUACCCGAGUGUACCUUAAGCUCAAAGACGUCAUUCGACAAUCUGUUGAUACCGGAGUCUCGACUCCUAUUACAGUUGAUGAGAGCAGCAAGAUUCCUUUUCUUCGCGCCUUGGUAUAUGAAGGCAUCCGAAUCCGGGCGCCUGCGACUGGACUUUACCCCAAGACAGUUCCACCACAAGGCGACACCAUUGACGGCAAGUUUAUCCCUGGUGGCACGGCAAUUGGAAUGAACGCACCUGCCAUGCUCAGGUCACAGACUGUGUUUGGGCCGGAUGCAGACCUUUUCCGCCCAGAGCGAUUUCUAGACGUCAGCGAUAAGGCUAGGGCCCAGCUAGAGCGCGAGGUGGAAAUGGCGUUCGGUUAUGGACGCUACAUGUGCGCUGGGAAGCCUGUCGCUUUCAUGGAGCUGUACAAAGUCUUUUUUGAGCUACUGCGAAACUUCGACUUUGAACUGGCCAACCCGGUCAAACCAUGGGAUUCCAGCAGCUACAACAUAUUUGUCGAAGAGAAUAUAUAUACAACAGCUCUGUAUGAAUACACCAACGACGACGAAGACGACGACGAAGACGACGACGAAGACGACGACGAAGACGACGACGAAGACGACGACGAAGACGACGACGAUGACGACGAUGAUGUCGACGAUGACGACGAUGACGACGAUGAUGUCGACGAUGAUGUCGACGAUGAUGUCGACGAUGACAGCAACGGUAGCGACGAUAGCGACCACAGCGACAAUGACAGCAACAGAUAA